AUGCUAGAUUUUAUGCCUUAUCAUCUCCUCUUCACCUUGUUGUUUCUCUUUGGCAUUUUCUCUGCAAAUCAUGCCUGCAACCAAAUAGACCGCCACUCUCUCUUGUCCUUAGCCUUCAACCAUACUUCUUUUCCUCCACUAAAUUGGUCUUCCAUUGAUUGUUGUCAGUGGGAAGGUAUUUCUUGCGAUCACAAGCGUCAAGUCACCCAUAUUUGGUUACCUUCUAAAGGCCUCACUGGGAGUAUAUCUCCUUCUCUUGGAAACCUCACAUGUCUCUCCCACCUUAAUCUCUCUCACAAUUCACUUUCGGGUCCUCUCCCUAAGGGAUUGUUUUCGUCCUUGAAUCAACUCAAGGUCCUUGAUUUGAGCUACAACUGUCUAUUUGGAGAUAUAUCUGCUUGGCCUGCCUCCAUUCAAGUUGUUGACAUAUCUAGCAAUCAAUUCAACGAGAUAAUCCGGUCUUCAUCCCUUCAAAGAGCAUGGAGGUUGACCGAGCUCAAUGUCAGCAAUAAUAGUUUCAUGGGCCCUAUUCCUUCCUUUCCUUGCAUCAAUUCUUCUUUGGUCAGCCUCCUCGAUUUCUCCCAUAAUCAUCACAGUGGCCAUAUUCCUAGUGGACUUGGGGCAUGUUCCAAACUAAAAGUUUUCCGGGCAGGUUUUAACUCUCUCUCAGGACCGCUUCCUGAUGAUUUAUACAAUGUGACGGGGUUAAAAGAAAUUUCCUUACCUUCAAAUGAUCUUUCAGGACCCAUUAGUAGUGACAUCGUGAACCUUACAAAACUCACCAGUCUUGAGUUAUAUAGAAAUGAAUUGAGCGGCAAGCUCCCUGUAGAUAUUGGGAAGUUCUCUAAAUUAAAAUACCUACUCCUUGAUGAGAACUCCUUAUCAGGUUCUUUACCCCCAUCUUUGGUGAAUUGCACAAAUCUCACACAACUGAUUUUACGAGACAAUUUCCUUGAAGGAGACAUCUCUUUUUUUAAUUUCUCCGGUCUUCAUCAACUUACUAUAAUUGAUUUGGGGCUUGACAACUUCUCUGGUAACUUGCCAGUUAGCCUUUACUCAUGCACGUCCCUAACAGCAAUUCGACUUAGCAAAAACCGACUAGAUGGACAAAUCUCGCCUGAGAUAGUUCAAUUGAAAUUCUUAGCUUUCCUUUCAGUUUCUUACAACAGGCUAACCAAUAUCACAUGCGCAAUCAAGAUUCUGAUGUGUUGCAAGACACUCGGUAUAGUCCUCCUUGGAAAUAAUUUUCUACACGAGGCCAUGCCAGGUGAUGACACUAUAGCUGGUUCCAAUGGAUUUGAAAAUCUUCGAUAUUUGCAUCUUGGCGCCUGCCAACUGAGUGGUGAAUUGCCUAUAUGGCUAUCUAAGCUUAAGAAGCUAGAAUAUCUAAGUCUGAAUUCCAAUCGUAUCAGGGGUUCAAUUCCUAGUUGGUUGUCAAAUCUUCCAAUGCUUUUCCGUUUAGACUUAUCUAAUAACCUCAUUUCAGGUGAAUUUCCAAAGGAACUUUGCGAAUUGCCAGGAAUAGUGUCACGAAAGGCUCUAGUUGACAACUUUAAAUUAGAUUUACCAAUAUUUGGCUCAACAAUUACUACACAGUUCAAUUUUCUCUCAAACUUCAGAUCAGGAAUACAUUUUGCAAACAACAAUCUUAGCGGCAACAUCCCAGUUGAGAUCGGCCGUUUGAAGAUGCUUUCUUGGCUGGAUCUUAGUCAUAACAAUUUAUCAGGCAACAUCCCAAACCAAGUGUCUGAGCUCACAAACUUGGAAGGUUUAGACCUCUCUGCAAAUCGGUUGUUUGGCCAAAUACCAUCAUCAUUGAGUAGUCUACAUUUCUUGUCUAACUUUAGCGUUGCAAACAACAAUUUGCAUGGACCAAUACCAUCAAGAACUCAGCUUCAGAGCUUUGAUGCCUCUACAUAUGAGGGCAACCCUGAACUUUGUGGCCCGCCACUUCCACAUGAGUGUGCCCAUAUUGUUAGCAACAAUAAAGACUUUCAUGAUGACGACAAUGGGCAUAGAAUCCCAUGGUUUCAUAUUACUGUGAUUCUUGGCUUCAUUACAGGUUUUUGGGGAGUUUGUGGUCCAUUGGUUAUUAGUUAUAAGUGGAGAGUUGCAUAUUUUCAAUUCAUGGACAGCGUAAAAGAUAGGUUUAUAAUCUUCAUUUUUAAAAUUGCACAUUGGUCGCUUUAG